GCCCUCCCGCCCGGCCCGACGCCCCGACAGUCGCCGAGCCUGCGGUCGCGGGAGGCGCCGGCAUGGAGGGCGACGGGCUGGAGCCCGAGGUUGCCACAAAGAGUAUUGAAAGAGAGCUCAUCUGCCCAGCAUGCAAGGAAUUGUUCACCCACCCGCUGAUCCUUCCGUGUCAGCACAAUGUCUGUCACAAAUGCGUGAAAGAAAUACUCUUCACAGCUGAAGACUCUUUUGCUGAUGGGGGUUCUGAAUCCUCUAAUCAGAGCAGCCCUCGAAUUCGAAUCUCAUCUCCUAGCAUGGAUAGGAUUGACAGGAUUAGUAGAUCAGGUACAAAACGCAAUUCACUGACUCCUAGAACAACUAUGUUUCCUUGUCCUGGCUGUCAGCAUGACAUUGAUCUUGGAGAACGUGGCAUCAAUGGCUUGUUUCGCAAUCUUACGUUGGAAACCAUUGUGGAAAGACACAGGCAGGCAGCCAGGGCAGCCAUAGCUAUCAUGUGUGACUUCUGCAAACCUCCACCUCAAGAAUCCACGAAGAGCUGCAUGGACUGCAGUGCAAGCUAUUGCAACGAGUGUUUCAAAGUACACCACCCUUGGGGAACUGUGAAGGCCCAGCACGAGUAUGUCGGACCAACCACCAAUUUCAGACCCAAGAUUUUAAUGUGCCCGGAACAUGAAAUGGAAAGAGUAAACAUGUACUGUGAAAUCUGCAGAAGGCCUGUCUGUCAUCUUUGUAAACUGGGUGGAUCUCAUGCAAACCACAGGGUAACAACGAUGAGCACUGCCUAUAAAACACUGAAGGAAAAGCUUUCAAAAGAUAUAGAGUAUCUCAUCAGUAAGGAGAGCCAGGUGAAAGCUCACAUUUCACAGCUGGGUCUGCUGCUGAAAGAAACAGAGUGCAAGGGGGAAAGAGCUAAAGAAGAGGCAUCUCAGAGUUUUGAGAAAUUAAUUCAUGUUCUGGAGGAGAAGAAAUCUGCAGCUCUUCGGGCAAUUGAUGCAUCUAAGAAUUUAAGACUGGACAAAUUGAGAACCCAGGCAGAAGAAUAUCAAGGUCUCCUGGAAAAUAAUGGCCUCGUGGGAUAUGCUCAAGAAGUACUUAAAGAAACAGAUCAGUCCUGUUUUGUUCAAACAGCAAAACAACUUCAUGUCAGAAUCCAAAAAGCUACUGAAUCUCUGAAGAGCUUCAGACCAGCAGCUGAAUCUUCUUUUGAAGACUUUGUGGUGGACACUGCCAAGCAAGAACAGAUCCUUGGCGACUUGUCCUUCUAUUCCAAUGGUCUGGAAAUACCAGAAAUCAAUGAAGAGCAGAGCAGAAUAUACAACAAAGCUGUGAUCAGUUGGGAAUCCCCUGGGAAGACAGACUCAGCUGAUAUCUAUGUUCUUGAGUAUCGUAAGUUUAACAGAGAAGAGGAGAAUGUGAUGUGGCAGGAGAUCGAAGUUUGCAGCAAGAGCAAAGUCAUAUCUGAUCUUGAUGACGACAGCAGCUAUGCUUUUAGAGUUCGAGGAUAUAAAGGGUCCAUCUGUAGCCCUUGGAGCAAAGAAGUUAUUUUGCAUACACCUCCCGCUCCAGUUUUUAGCUUUCUUUUUGAUGACAAGUGUGGGUACAACAGUGAACGUCUGCUGCUCAACCCAAGAAGAACUGCUGUGGAAAGUAGAGCUGGAUUUCCUCUACUGCUAGGAGCUGAACGCAUACAGGUUGGAUGCUACACAACUCUGGAUUACAUCAUUGGUGACACUGGGAUUGCCAAAGGGAAGCACUUCUGGGCCUUUCGUGUGGAAGCUUAUUCCUACCUGGUGAAAGUGGGAGUUGUUUCUAGCGCCAAAAUACAGAAAUUGUUCCAUAAUACCCAUGAUGUGACCAGCCCGAGGUACGAACAAGACAGCGGCCAUGACAGUGGGAGUGAGGAUGCCUGCUUUGACUCAUCACAGCCUUUCACGCUGGUCACUUUGGGCAUGAAGAAGUUCUUCAUCCCCAAGGCUGCUGCUGACCCCAAGGAUGCAGCGAGCAGAGUCCUCCCCCUGCCCUCUUGCCUGGGGAUCUGCCUUGACUGUGACAACGGCAAGGUGGGUUUCUACGACGCUGGCCGCAUGAAAUGCCUCUACGAGUGCGAGGUGGACUGCUCGGGCAUAAUGUACCCAGCGUUUGCCUUAAUGGGUAGCGCAGCAAUUCAUCUUGAGGAAGCCAUCGCAACAAAGUACUUGGAGUACCAAGAUGACCUAUAG